UCCACUUAGCGGGACUCUAUGAAAGUUUUCUGCUCUUUAUUUUCAACUCGCUUCUCCUAGUUUUUGUAAAUCCCCCUCGCGAGCGAGCAUGCAGAGUGAGGAUCUCGUCACUUGCCAUUUUUACGUUCGCCAAAGUCUUUGUCUAACAGUGAUGGUGUGAAAUUAUCGUAAAACAUCCGCCGUUACGUUUCCAUAUAAAAUGCAUUUUUGAGUCGGACGCAAAAAAAUUUAAUGACAUCGAUUUAAUUAGUGCAUGGGUGGACCACGGGGCUCUUUGACGCGAUGAUGUUAGUGAAAAGUUUAGAGGUCAUCAUCGUUCUUCAGAUGUUUUUGAGUACCUCUGCGGUUAAACCUUCCCUGGUUCAGUUAAAACGCUCGACCACAAAAACAUGCUAUAAAAAGUGGUAUGAGGCGAAUCGCUACGUCGUGCUGGCGUUCCUGAAAGAAAAUCCUUGUAGCCAAAGGAGCACCCUGGCGGACAUGACAAGGCAUUGGAGAUGUCAGCUAGCCGUGGGAGCAUUCAACAAGUUGCCCAAUGAUGAGAGGAAGCUUUGUCCAGAAACUUCAAAUCCACGCUGCCUUGACAAGGAGAACUGCGUGGUGGAUCUACCAAAGCCCGGGGAUCCAGACGGUCGAAUCGUGGAGACUCUCAAAAGCUGUGCAAAGGCAAUAAAAGACUACCAAAAGGCAGCUCCGGAGUUCAAGGAGCGCCCUCUGUCACCGAUACCCCGAAGAGGUCGAAGCCCAACCCGCUCACGCUCACCACCUCCUAAAAAUCUAUAGACGUCAUCACACUGUAAAAACUACAGACUAUACAGGGUGAUCCAGGGUUAAGUAGAGUACCUUUAUAGACAGAGUAUGGCCAUUCGUAUCU